CCUCCUCUGGUCCAAGCCAUCUUCAACCGCGAUGUAGAGGAGGUGCGGUUGCUGCUGAAUCAGAAGGAGAACAUUAACGUACUGGACCAAGAAAGACGAACGCCGCUGCAUGCUGCUGCCUACAUAGGAGAUGUUGCAAUCCUCGAGCUCCUAAUACUGUCAGGUGCUAAUGUUAACGCGAAGGACACAGUUUGGCUCACCCCGUUACACCGCGCCGCGGCGUCUCGCAAUGAGAAAGCACUUCACCUCCUCCUGAAGCACUCGGCAGAUGUCAAUAUGGUGAACCUGCUGUUGAACAAAGGGGCCAGCCUGAGCACUUGCGACAAGAAGGACCGCCAGCCCAUCCACUGGGCAGCUUUCCUAGGGCAUUUGGAAGUUCUGAAGCUGCUGGUGGCCCGGGGAGCUGACGUGAUGUGUAAGGACAAGAAGGGCUACACCCUGCUGCACACUGCGGCGGCCAGUGGCCAGAUCGAAGUUGUGCGUCACCUGCUGAGGCUGGGAGUCGAGAUUGAUGAACCAAAUUCCUUCGGUAACACUGCACUUCACAUUGCCUGUUACAUGGGCCAAGAUGCCGUGGCCAACGAGCUGGUCAACUAUGGCGCCAAUGUCAAUCAGCCUAACGAGAAGGGCUUCACCCCUCUGCACUUUGCUGCCGUCUCCACCAAUGGGGCACUGUGCCUGGAGCUCCUCGUGAACAACGGGGCCGACGUCAACUUUCAGAGUAAGGAAGGGAAGAGCCCUUUGCACAUGGCUGCCAUUCACGGACGGUUCACGCGUUCGCAGAUCCUCAUUCAGAACGGCAGUGAGAUUGACUGUGCUGACAAAUACGGCAAUACCCCCCUCCACGUUGCUGCUAGAUAUGGCCACGAGCUGCUAAUUAGUACUUUGAUGACGAAUGGUGCUGACACUGCAAGGCGUGGGAUCCACGACAUGUUCCCUCUGCACUUAGCUGUUCUCUUUGGAUUUUCAGACUGUUGUCGUAAGCUACUUUCCUCAGGUCAGUUGUACAGUAUCGUCUCCUCGCUGAGCAAUGAGCACGUGCUGUCUGCAGGCUUCGAUAUCAACACACCUGACAACCUCGGGAGGACUUGCCUCCACGCUGCUGCUUCUGGAGGGAACGUUGAAUGUCUUAAUUUGCUGUUGAGCAGCGGUGCUGACUUGAGGAGGAGAGAUAAGUUUGGAAGGACUCCACUGCACUACGCAGCUGCCAAUGGCAGCUAUCAGUGUACAGUGACGCUGGUCACGGGAGGAGCCAGUAUUAACGAGGCCGACUGUAAAGGCUGUACCCCCUUACACUAUGCUGCUGCUUCGGACACGUACAGGAGUUGUUUAGAGUUCUUGCUGGAUAAUGGUGCUGACCCAUCCCUCCGGGACAAGCAGGGAUACACCGCUGUCCACUAUGCAGCUGCGUACGGCAACAGGCAGAACCUCGAACUGCUCCUGGAGAUGUCUUUUAACUGCCUGGAGGACGUGGAAAGCACCAUUCCAGUCAGCCCUUUGCACUUAGCUGCCUAUAAUGGUCACUGUGAAGCCCUGAAGACACUUGCCGAAACCCUCGUGAACCUCGACGUGCGGGACCACAAGGGGCGGACGGCACUGUACCUCGCCACGGAGAGAGGCUCCAUGCAGUGUGUGGAGGUGCUCACCAGCCACGGCGCAUCCGCGCUGGUGAAGGAGAGGAAGAGGAAGUGGACCCCUCUCCACGCUGCAGCUGCCAACGGGAACACCGAUUCCCUGCACCUUCUGAUAGACAGCGGGGAGCGGGCAGACAUCACCGACGUCAUGGACAUCCACGGCCAAACCCCGUUGAUGCUGGCGAUCAUGAAUGGCCACGUUGACUGUGUCCACCUCCUCCUGGAGAAGGGAUCCACAGCCGAUGCAGCGGACAAGAGGGGAAGGACUGCCCUGCACCGAGGGGCUGUGACGGGCUGUGAGGACUGCCUGGCUGCGCUGCUGGACCACGAUGCCUUCGUUCUGUGUCGGGAUUUCAAAGGCCGGACCCCGAUCCACUUUGCCUCGGCGUGCGGGCACUUAGAAAUCCUGCGGACCCUGCUGCAGGCAGCCCUCUCUACUGACCCUCUGGACUCCGUGGUGGACUACAGCGGUUACUCACCGAUGCACUGGGCUUCGUACAGUGGGCAUGAAGAUUGUCUUGAAUUGUUACUUGAACACAAUCCGUUUGCGUACCUAGAAGGAAACCCCUUUACUCCAUUGCACUGUGCAGUAAUUAACAACCAGGACGGCACUGCUGAAAUGCUGGUGGAAGCAUUAGGUGCCAAGAUUGUUAAUAGCAGAGAUGCCAAAGGAAGGACACCCCUUCACGCUGCUGCCUUUGCAGACAACAUCCAUGGUUUACAGCUGCUUCUGCGCCACCAAGCCGAGGUGGACAUGACCGACAAGCUGGGGAGGACUCCCCUCAUGAUGGCUUCUGAGAACGGGCACACUGCAGCAGUUGAGUUCCUGCUGUACCAAGCAAAAGCAAAUAUAACUGUGCUGGAUGUCAACAAGAACACAGCUCUUCACCUGGCCUGCAGCAAGGGUCAUGAAAAGUGUGCCUUGUUGAUCCUGGGGGAAACCCAAGACCUUGGCCUUAUCAAUGCAAGUAACAGUGCUCUGCAAAUGCCGCUCCACAUCGCAGCUCGGAACGGGCUGGCCUCCGUCGUCCAGGCCCUGCUCAGCAGAGGUGCCACUGUGCUGGCUGUGGAUGAAGAAGGUGUGUGCUCCUCGCGCGUGCGGGGGGUUCCGUGCGAUGGCCCUGGGGACGGGCGCUGCCGGGGGAAGCGCUCAGCCGGCAUCGGGAGGAUUUCCGUGUCCUUGCCACAGCUGGGCAGCACGUUCUCAGCAUCCCAGGAACAGCCUGG